ACUAAAACAAUGAGAGCGGGUUUGCCAAGAAUUAGCUAGCCUCCCGGCCUGGAGAAGGGGCGACUAUAGGAAGAACCCGGUCUUCCACACACUUGUGAUCCAGCCGUCCCAGCGCGCACACAUUCUCACAGCAACUAUGGGUGAUCUGUCUGCAAGGGAUCUCGAGAGGGCGAACCUCGUGUUCGACGUGUACGACUUUGUCGGCACCAGCACCAUCGACGCCGUCAACCUCGGCGAUGCUCUUCGUGCCCUCAACCUCAACCCCACCCUCGCCACCAUUGAGAAACUCGGCGGCACCAAGAAGAAGGGUGAGAAGACCCUGAAGAAGGACGAGUUCCUUGCCAUCUUCAAGGAAGCCAAGAACAUCAAGGACUCUGGAGUCUACGAGGACUUCAUUGAGUGUCUGAAACUGUACGACAAGCAGGAAAACGGAACUAUGCUUGGCGCUGAGCUCCAACACAUCCUCAUCUCCCUGGGUGAGCGAUUGGAGGAGAAGGAAGCCGAGACCGUUCUGAAGGACUGCUUAGACCCUGAAGAUGAAGACGGUUUCGUUCCAUAUGUUCCCUUCGUCAAGAAGUUCAUGUCUGUCUAAGGGACAAACCAAUUCAAUCGAUAAUUCCAUUUCUGUCGCGAAUGUGUGAUAGGCCUAUUCCACCAAGCACCGUUCCACGUUAAUAACAUCCAACGCGCGCAAAACGCCCAUCAGCUAACAAUGUUGGCCAACAAGAUCAUCACAAGCUGUGAAUUUAAUUUUACCUAAAUUAUUUUACCAAUAAUCGUUUAUUAAUAAACUCGUUACCAUCUCGUUUUAA